AGACCCGGCUGUCAAUGUCAAAAACAAAACAAGUUUCUUGUUUCGUUGGAAAGUUCACUUGAUCCAUUACCAACAAGUUCACAUUCACUUUAUCCUUCGAUUACAUUCUACUCGAUCUGCAGACCGAAGAGUGCCACAUCAUACCGAACCUUACAAUACAAUGAUCCGUGGAGUGCAUAAAGUUUGUGGACACAAUGCAUUUAUUUUGGAGCCAUAUAUUAGCUCACUUCAGCUGUCUACCCACUUGACUUCUGCUAAGACUUACUCUACUGCCCAGAAGCUUCCCCGCCUACCGGUGCCAAAGCUGGACGAUUCUUUGAGUAAAUAUUUGAAGACUGCUAAGCCACAUUUGAGCAAUGAGGAGUAUGAUGUUACUUGCAAUCUUGCUAAAGACUUUGCUACCGGAGUUGGGCAGGAUUUGCAGAGUUUGCUAGAAAAAAGAGCACAACAGCACACUAAUUGGCUUGAAGAGUGGUGGCUCAACACAGCAUAUUUGGAAUACCGGGAUCCUGUUGUAGUGUAUUCUAGCCCUGGUCUUGUGUUUCCAUUCCGGAAGUUCAACAGUCCACUUGAACAGUUACAGUAUGCUGCGAAAACUUUGCUGGCUGCACUUGAUUACAAAUCCCUGAUUGACAAUGACAAAAUCCCGACUGAGAUGAUGGGUAAAAAUCCACUGGACAUGCAACAGUAUAAGAAAAUAUUUGGGACAUGUAGAAUCCCUGGUCUGAAGAGAGAUUCAUUGUCAUAUAAUACUACCAACAAACACGUUACCAUCAUCCAUAACAAUCAUAUCUUCCAUGUUGACCUCUGGGGAGACGAUGGUAAAGUUCUUAAUGAAGAUCAAAUAGUGCAGCAGCUACAGAAAGUAAUAGAAAUGUCCAAAACACCGUCGCAAGAUGGAAUUGGUAUACUUACUUCGGAAAACCGAAAUGCUUGGGCUAAAGCUUAUGAUGUACUGAUAAAAGACAAUCAAAACAAAGAAUCGCUGAAGGACGUGCAGUCAAGUCUGGUGGUACUUUGUUUGGACAAGCCUGUGGGCCUGUGGAAGGCAGCCGACAAGAAUGGCCGUCAAAACAUUGCCGGCGCGCAGACCAUUCAUGGUGGAGGCGCGGGGCUCAACGGUGGAAAUCGGUGGUUCGACAAGACUGUACAGUUUAUAGUUGGCGCUGAUGGAGUGACAGGGCUGACUUACGAGCACUCGCCAGCCGAGGGCCAACCCAUUGCCGUGCUUACAGACUUCCUUAUCAAUUUCAUAGACCAGAAUAAAGCUGCAGGCAGACCUGCGUCAUCGAGUCCAAAAUCACCGCAACUGCUGAAGUUUAAUGUGAACUCUGAGGUGUCGAGCAUGAUCAAUACAGCAAAGAGCAGUUUAGACAAAUUAGUGAAUAAUCUCGAACUGAACUGCUUUACAUAUGAAAAGUAUGGCAAGAACUUCAUCAAGUCGCAAAAGCUAAGUCCAGACAGCUACCUUCAAAUGGCUAUGCAGUACGCAUUUUACAGGUUGCACAAAACUCCCGGCGCUCACUACGAGUCCGCAGCCACGCGAAUGUUCGCCGGCGGCCGCACCGAGACUAUUCGAUCUUGCUCAUUGGAGUCCAUCGAGUUUGCCAGGGCCAUGCUGGACUCCAAGCGCUCGCCCAAGGACAAGAAGGCUGCGAUGCAGAGCGCUAUCAACGCGCACAAGACUUAUACAGUUAUGGCACUUCAAGGUCUCGGCGUCGAUCGUCACCUUCUCGGGUUAAAGUUGAUCGCACAGGAGAACGGCAUCGAUAUUCACAAGCUAUACUCCGAUCCGGGGUACACGAGAAGUGCCCAUAUGAGGCUGUCUACCAGUCAGGUGGCUUGUAAAUGUGACGGGUUCAUGUGCUACGGGCCCCUAGUGAGCAACGGCUACGCGACGUGCUACAACCCUCGCGACAACGACGUCAACUUCGCCACCUCGGCCUUCAACGACAACCCGGAGACUAGUUGCGACAAGUAUAGAGGCGCCUUGGAAGAAUCACUCAAGGAUAUGCACGAUGUACUGCUGCUUAGCACACAGUCUAAACUGUAAAGAUUUAAAUCAGGAGUUCUUUUAAAAUAUCGGGGUCGCAAUUUAUAAAGUAAUGAUGAUUUUAUAAGUCUAUUGUGGCGACUUUGGUUCAAUCUAUUGGUCACGCGUGGGACAAUAAAAUACGCCAACGGAUACACUCGGCUACAGAGUAGCAACCGUCAUGUACUCCAAAAUGUUUUACAAUGGCGUGAACGACGCAUUGUACAGGAAAAAGGAGGAUGUUUUAAAGGUUAACAUUAAAAACGGUUGAGGCUUGGUGCAGAUGGACGGAAUUUUCAGUUAGUUUCCGUAUGGUAUGACAAGUGCAAGCGUGAUACCACUUGAUAUGUAUAGCUACGUCCCGAUCACACCUGUAAUUCCGUGCAUUAGCACCCAGCCUUUACAAUUUGAGCAUUCUAAAGUGAGGUCUAGAUUGUACUUGGAAUAACGCACAAGUUUGGACCCUACAUGACAAACGUUCUAUAUGUAUAUAUAAUACCUACUGUGAUCUUUCUCCUUAGGAAUCAAGUUGUAAUUUUGAUACUAUGUAUUUUAUUUUCCUGUUUCUAUAAUUCAUAAACAUUUUAAAACUAUGUUAUGGAAUUUUACGCAACUGCUAAUUUUAAGUAAAAUGGAAUACCUACAUAAUCAUUACUGCCAUCAUUGGCCAUUGCCUACUCUUCACGACUGGGUCCAGGGUGUUGUAUUACAAUUAAGUAUUAACCAAUUGUUAUUAUCUUGUAAUCUAUAUUUCUUUAUGUUAAUCUCUUACAUUUUUUAAAUAUAUAAUUUUUUU